GCGACGAUUACUGUGCCUAGUUCGAGUAGACUGCAUUGAAGACCUUCGGCUGUGUAGUCGAAGAAUUUCUGGAGCUGGACGAGCAGUUUCUCAUUUUGACAUAAUAUUAAGUGACGUUUCAGAUCUUUAUGAACAGUGGUACUGAUUUAAAGUAAAGAUGUAUACCGUAAUGACAGUGUCUCCAAAGAAUAUGGACAUUAUCCCUCUCUAUAUCGCGAUGGAAAAGUGCCAGGUUGUCAGAUCAGACAGGUACUGAUUCCAUUUGUACGUAUAGGGCCAGUGUAGCUAGCUAGUUAGCUAGAUAGCUAUAUUGUUUUCACGGUGACAGAGGCUGUGCUUGCCUCCGAAGGCCCUCGUCAGCAAUGGGAAUCCUUUUCACCAAGCUAUGGAGGCUUUUUAACCAUCAAGAGCACAAAGUCAUCAUUGUGGGUUUGGACAAUGCGGGGAAAACCACCAUCUUGUACCAGUUCUCGAUGAACGAAGUGGUGCACACCUCCCCGACCAUAGGCAGCAACGUGGAGGAGAUCGUGGUCAACAACACGCACUUCCUCAUGUGGGACAUCGGGGGCCAGGAGUCACUGCGCUCCUCCUGGAACACAUACUACACCAACACAGAGUUUGUGAUCGUUGUGGUGGACAGCACGGACAGAGAGCGGAUCACGCUGACCAGAGAGGAGCUCUAUAAAAUGCUGGCGCACGAGGACCUGAAGAAGGCGGGCCUGCUCAUCUUCGCUAACAAGCAGGACGUGCGUGGCUGCAUGAGCGUGGCGGAGAUCUCCCAGAGCCUGCAGCUCACCUCCGUCAAGGACCACCAGUGGCACAUCCAGGCCUGCUGUGCCCUCACCGGCGAGGGAUUGUGUCAGGGCCUGGAGUGGAUGAUGUCACGGCUGCGAGUCAGAUGACCUCUGACCCCGGGCGGCAGCACCGGACCCCUGGGUUUGAGCGCGCUCUCGGGGGGAUGACCCCCCCCCGGCGACGCUGCGGGGGGGCUGGUGGUUAUUUAUCACGGACAGCGAACUGUGAACAAAAACUAAAGAGAGAGAGAGAGAGAGAGAGACUUUCUCUCCCAGACUGCCCCACGAAAAGCAACUUCUGUGCCCCCCCCCACCCCACCCCCCACGGUUACCCUCCAGAGACUGGGAGCAGAGCUGGGACUGAGCAGACUCCUCUGGGGCAUAGAUCCCCUGGUAUUGCCCCCUGGUAUUGCCCCAGCUCCCAGCAGCCUGUGCAGUAUUGCCCCAGCGCUGGGGGGGGAGGUGGUACUGGCCUGUGUGUACAGUAUUUAGCAUAACUGUCGUGCCUGCAUCCGAACCCUUCAGCCCUUCUGCGCUGAAGCGAUUAUACUAAAGAAUGAGAGCUGACCCAACCUUUUCCGCUCGUGUAAAGUUCUAUGAAAUAAAGUCUUUUUAUCUGUUA